AAACGACCGACCCAAUCCAUAUAUAUAUAAGACACUCGUCCAGACAACACAACACCAACUGAAAAAAAAAAAACACAGACGAAUUAUAAAACCCACAAAUUCUUAGGUUCUCCAAAUUCAUUUGUUAUAUAUAUUUUUUUUCUUUUGCUAUUAUUAUUAUGGAUGCGAGCUCGGAGAUUCAAGAUAUGGAGGCGAACUGCUUGAUGCUGUUACCGAGAGUUGGCAGAAACGACGUCGCAGAGAGACGCGUUUUCACAUGCAAGACGUGUAUGAAGGAGUUCCCGUCGUUUCAAGCGUUAGGCGGCCACCGUGCCAGCCACAAGAAACAUCCACGGCGAGGCUACGGCGGGGGUGUCGCCGGAAUCUCCGAGAAGAGCAAGACGACGUCGUCUCACGCUUGCCCUAUCUGCGGCGUUGAGUUUCCGAUGGGACAGGCCCUCGGCGGACACAUGAGGAGGCACCGUAACGGUGGCGGUGGCGGUGGCGGUGGCGCGUUGGUCACACGCGCCUUGCUGCCGGAGCCGACGGUGAUGAUGAAGAAGUCGAGCAGUAACGGGAAGAGGGUUGCUUGUUUGGAUCUCGACUUGGCAAUAACGGAGAAUUUGAAUCUGAAGUUGGAGCUUGGAAGAACAGUUUAUUGAUUUAUUCAUUUAUUUUUCUUUUCGUACUCGUAGGAAUGUAUAAAUAAAUUACGUACGCGUAAAGUUUCAUAGGGUUUAAUUUCUCCUUUUAAUAA